AAACAUGUGCCAAAUAUUUACUCAGCUGAAAUGGACCCCUUGCUGGAGAAACAAGAAGAAAUGGUCCAGGCAGCCAUAUUAUACCCCCUGGAAUGUUAUUUGUUUGGGGAAGACCCAGAUACAUUCCUGGAGAAACUACAACAGAGUGGAACCUCCCAGCUCUGUGGGAAGGUGUUCAAAGGAGGGGAGACAACAUACUCUUGCAGAGACUGUGCAGUUGAUCCAACUUGUGUACUCUGUAUGGACUGCUUCCAGAACAGCAUUCACAAGAACCACCGAUAUAAGAUGCAUAGCUCCACUGGAGGCGGAUUUUGUGACUGUGGGGAUACAGAGGCGUGGAAGGCUGGACCGCUGUGUACUAAACAUGAGCCUGGAGCAUCAGGUUCUGCAAAAGAAAAUUCUGAGUGUCAGUUGAAUGAAGAAAUUAUGGAGCACUCUAGGAGGGUGUUUCCCUCUGUGAUAAAGUACAUUGUAGAUAUGCUUAUAUGGGAAGAAGAGAAGGAACUGCCUCCGGAGCUCACAAUUAGAGAGAAGGUAGACAGCUACUACUGUGUCCUUUUCAAUGAUGAACAUCAUUCUUACGAUCAUGUCAUCUAUAGCCUGCAAAGGGCACUUGGCUGUGAACUUGGUGAAGCCCAGUUGCAUACUACUGCCAUAGAUAAAGAGGGUCGUAGAGCUGUUAAGGCAGGACAUUAUGCCUCUUGUCAGGAAGCAAAAGAAGAAAUCAAGAGGCAUUCUGAAAACGUUUCUCAACGACCACUUCAUGUGGAGGUUCUUCAUGCUGAUGUUAUGGCUCACCAGAAGUUUGCCUUGCGCCUUGGUUCUUGGCUGAACAAACUCAUGAGCUAUUCAAGUGACUUUCGCCAGAUCUUUUGUCAAAUAUGUCUCAAAGAAGAAGCUGGAUCUGAAAAGCCGUGCUUCAUAAGCAAGUUGAUGCUAUGGGAUGCAAAACUUCAUAAAGGGGCAAGGAAGGUUCUUCAUGAACUUAUCUUCACGAGUUUUUUCAUGGAAAUGGAAUACAAAAAACUUUUUGCUGUGGAAUUUGUGAAGUAUUACAAGGCAUUGCAAAAAGAAUACAUCAGUGAUGAUCAUGACAGAGUUCUCUCUGUGACAGCGCUCUCAGUUCAGAUGUUCACUGUACCUACUCUGGCCCGACAUCUUAUUGAAGAGCAAAAUGUAAUCACCACCAUUACAGAGACGCUCCUAGAAGUGCUUCCAGAGUAUCUAGACAAAAAUGACAAGUUCAACUUCCAGGGUUACAGUCAGGACAAACUGAACCGGGUAUAUGCAGUAAUAUAUGACCUCAGGUAUGUCUUAGUCAGCAAGCCUACAGUAUGGACAGACCAUCUGAGGGAGCGGUUUUUAGAAGGAUUUGUUUCUUUCCUAAGGAUUCUAACUUGCAUGCAGGGAAUGGAGGAGAUAAAAAGACAGAUUGGUCAGCACAUUGAGGUGGACCCUGACUGGGAAGCAGCUAUUGCUAUACAGAUGCAGCUCAAGAACAUUCUUUUGAUGUUCCAGGAGUGGUGUGCCUGUGACGAAGAACUGUUGCUCAGGGCCUACAGCGAAUGUCAUAAAGCUGUGAUGAGGUGCAGCACAAAUGGCCGCUCACGGGAAAAGACAGUGUUUCACUUGUGUGGCCAUACUCUGGAGAGCAGACCUUACAGGGUGUCUGCAGAUCCUGUCAGCAUACACUUACCGCUGUCUAGGACUCUUGCUGGUAGCCACAUAUAUCUUAGGACUGUUUAAAAUGCUCCUUCUAAAAGGCAUAUGUUUGUAGCAUUUGAAGAAUUACAAGUGGAGCUGCUAGUAGAAUAUCCUUUGCGAUGUCUUGUCUUGGUUGCUCAGGUUGCUGCAGAGAUGUGGAGAAGGAAUGGGCUCUCCCUGAUAAGUCAGGUAUUCUAUUAUCAAGAUGUUAAAUGCAGAGAAGAGAUGUAUGAUAAAGACAUCAUCAUGCUCCAGAUAGGUGCAUCUCUUAUGGAUCCAAACCAGUUCCUCCUGCUGAUACUGCAGAGAUACGAGCUUGCUGAUGCUUUCAAAAAGAUCAAGCCCACCAAAGAUCAGGAUUUGAUCAAACAAUGUAACGUGUUAAUAGAAGAGAUGCUACAGAUUCUCAUCUAUAUUGUGGGGGAAAGAUACGUGCCUGGAGUGAGUAAUGUGACAAAAGAAGAUGUUAUCAUGAGAGAAAUCAUCCAUCUGUUAUGUAUUGAACCAAUGGCUCACAGUGCAAUUACCAAGUCCUUGCCUGAAAAUGAGAACAAUGAAACUGGCUUGGAGAAUGUAAUUGAUAAAGUGGCUACAUUUAAGAAACCGGGUGUGUCUGGCCAUGGAGUUUAUGAACUGAAAGAUGAAUGCUUGAAGGAGUUCAAUAUGUUCUUUUAUCACUAUACUAAGACACAGCACAGCAAGGCUGAACAUACACAAAAGAAAAGAAGAAAACAAGAAAACAGAGAUGAAGCAUUACCACCACCUCCUCCUCCAGACUUCAGUCCUGCAUUCAGCAAUGUGGUGAGGAUUCUGAACUGUGAUGUUAUGAUGCACAUACUGCGGACCAUUCUUCAGAGAGCAGUAGAACUGGAAACCCACUUGUGGACUGAAGCUAUGAUCCAAAUGGUGCUUCAUCUCCUUUCUUUAGGGUUACUAGAAGAGAGGCAGCAGUUACAGCAGUCUCCAGAAGAGGAAGUAACCUUUGAUUUUUAUCACAAAGCAACACGAAUGGGAAGCUCAGCCUUGAAUGCUGUGAACGUGUUAAUGCUUCUGGAAAAAUUAAAGACAGUUCCUCAGUUAGAGUCACAGAAGGACACAGUCAAUUGGAUACUGCAGAUGUUUGACACAGUGAAAAGAUUGAGAGAAAAAUCUAGUUUGACAACAGUAGCAGCUACAUCAGGCUCAGAAGCUACAAAAGGUGAUGAGAGCACUCAGGAUAAAGAGAAAGCUGAGCGGAAGAGAAAGGCAGAAGCAGCUAGGUUGCACCGUCAGAAGAUAAUGGCCCAGAUGUCUGCACUGCAGAGGAAUUUUAUUGAAGCCCAUAAGCUCCUGUAUGAAAACACACUGGAGGCACAGGCAAAAGAAGAUGCUAUUAUGGAGGAAGAAAGCAUGUCCUCGGCAGUUGAUUGCUCCAAAAUUGCUUUGGGUCCCAAACGAGGUCCAUCUGUUGCUGAAAAAGAAGUUCUGACCUGUAUUCUUUGUCAGGAGGAACAGGAAGUAAAGUUGGAAAGUGCUGCCAUGGUACUAUCUGCCUGUGUCCAGAAAUCAACUGCCUUAACUCAGAAUAGGAGCAGAAUUCUUGAACUCUCAGGGGAUACGCUAGAUCCUCUCUUCAUGCACCCUGACUUACCUUGUGGGACCCACACAGGGAGCUGUGGUCAUGUGAUGCAUGCAGCCUGCUGGCAGAAGUACUUUGAAGCCAUGCAGCUGAACUUUCGACAGCGUCUACAUGUUGAACAGAUAUUUGACUUGGAGAAUGGAGAGUAUCUUUGUCCACUUUGCAAAUCUCUGUGCAAUACUGUGAUUCCUAUUGUUCCAUUGCAGGCUCAGAAAAUAAACAGUGAGGAUGCAGAGGCAGUAGCUCAAAUUCUGUCCCUGGCUAGGUGGCUGGAGAUUAUCACAGUCAGGAUAUCAGGCUACAGUGUGAAAAACGCUAAAGGAGAGAAACCAAAUCUUCCAGCUUUUGCCAACAAGGGAAUGGGGAACUCUGCUUUGGAAUUCCAUUCCAUCCUUAGUUUUGGUGUUCAGUCCUCAGCCAAAUACUCAAGCAGUAUCAAGGAGAUGCUUAUUCUCUUUGCCACCACCAUUUAUAGAGUUGGGCUAAAAGUUGCUCCAAAUGAAGCUGAUUACCGGAUUCCUAUGAUGACCUGGAGCACAUGUGCUUUUACCAUCCAGUGUAUAGAAAACCUCUUGGAAACAGAGGGCAAGCCUUUAUUUGGAUCUCUACAAAAUAGACAGCACAGUGGCCUUAAAGCAUUAGUGCAGUUUGCAGCUGCUCAAAGAACAACGUCACCACAGGUCCUGAUUCAGAAACAUCUGAUUCGUCUUCUAGGAGUUCUUCUACCGAACUUUAAAGUGGAGGACACUCCAUCCCUCUUAGAAGUAGAUAUGUUCCACAUUUUGGUGGGAGUUGUGUUAUCCUUUCCAUCUUUGUACUGGCAGGAUGCUGUAGACUUGCAACCUUCAUCAAUUAGUUCAGCUUAUAACCACCUCUACCUCUUCCAUCUGACAACAUUGGCACACAUAACACAAAUAGUCGUCUCUUCAGCAACAGAAUCCCCUACUACUCGAUCAUCUGACAACAGUGAGGAGGCACUGUCUGCACAGUCUUUCUGUAGAGAGGUUUGCCGGUACACCAGUGGUUGCUUUAGUCAGGAUAUUCCAGGCUGGCUUGUGUGGGAUUGUGUUAAAAAAGGCAUCAUGCCUUACCUUCGUUCUGCUGCUUUGUUUUUUCAUUAUUUGCUGGGAGUUUCUCCACCUGAGGAACUACUACAAGUUUCUGAAGAAGGGCAAUUCAAGGCACUUUGUAGUUACCUCUCUCUACCUACCAAUUUGUUCCUGCUCUUCCAGGAAUAUUGGGACACAGUAAAUCCACUGCUUCAAAGGUGGUGUGCUGACCCGGUGGUGUUAAGUUGUUUGAAGGGGAAAAGCAUUGCAAUAAGGUAUCCUAGGAAAAGAAAUAGUUUAAUAGAGCUUCCUGAAGACUAUAGCUGCCUUCUGAACCAAGCCUCUCAGUUUAGAUGCCCACGGUCUUCUGAUGAUGAACAAAAACAUCCAGUAUUGUGUUUAUUCUGUGGGGCUAUGUUGUGUUCCCAGAAUACUUGCUGUCAGGAACUGGUGAAUGGGGAGGAGCUGGGAGCCUGUACUUCUCAUGCUCUUCAAUGUGGAGCUGGAGUCUGUAUGUUUCUCAAAAUCAGGGAAUGCAAAGUUGUCCUCAUUGAAGGUAAAACCAGGGGCUGCUUAUAUCCUGCUCCUUACUUGGAUGAAUAUGGAGAAACAGAUCCAGGUUUGAAAAGAGGCAAUCCCCUGCACUUAUGUCGGGAGCGUUACCGGAAGCUCCAUCUGCUAUGGCAGCAGCACUGCAUCAUAGAGGAGAUUGCCAGGAGCCAAGAAACGAAUCAGAUCUUCUUUGGAUUCAACUGGCAACUGCUCUGAGUCUCUUGAUUCUUAGUGAAAACUCUUACCUUUGGCAAUGCUUUGGAAAAGGAAAGGAGGGUGGCAGUAAAUAACCUACUUGCAAGUGGAUUCUGUAGUUCAGACACAAUUGAUGGAUUCUCGAAGUUGGUUGUAUUACUGAUACAUUGAAACAGAAUCUCACAUCAUAUGUUUUGCUCUUUUUUUUUUUCCUCAAAAAGGAAAACCAUAUUACAUAAUUAUUACUGAACAUUCACGUCCAGAAAUAUUUCCACUUUUUUGAGAAGUUGUAAUUGUUUCACAUGUUUUGACGAGUACAGCUUCCCAAAUGCUGUACUUUGGGGCAUAUACCACAUUUCUGUCUCUUCCAUGCCUUGAGAAUAUACCUAAAUGGUGUUGC